UCUUAAUCAUUCCCUCCUUUUACAUUAUAAUGUCGCGUAAUAAUUCGACAGCUUACAUUGAAAUUGUCACGCAUGAAUGUUCGAGGCGACACAAGAUUAUAUUUAUUUUUAUGAUGAUCCUUUUAUCAAGAGUGGUGCCAGAUAUCUGUUGCGUUUUACAUCAUUUAGGAAAUUCUUUUGUGUCACUGGAUCCCUUACAACCUUUAACCGAGGCUCUCGUUCACGAACGCAACCUUCACGAGGAUAUUGGAAGCAGAUGGAAAGAAUUGGCCCGAAAUUUGGGUUUUAAGAGGGUGGUAGUGGAAGCCAUUCAGAAUGAAAAUCAAAAAGAAAGUGAACGUUCCUUCCAUCUUUUGGUGCGAUGGAUAGAGAGGGAAGGCCAAGAAGGUGCCACUGCCGGAAAAUUAGCUGAUGCAUUGAAAAAAACCGAACUGAAAAAUCUGGCUGAAAGAUUGAUUGGUAUGUGCCAUAAAGAGAGCUAACCCCUUCCGUCAAAGCACCCUUCUUCAGUAAGCCCCUUUCAAAGUAAGGGAGCCUAAAUCUACAAAGUCCUUUUUUGAUGAAGCAACCAACCCCUGGCCCUUUUUGUGCUGAAAUUACCUUCUUCUGUCUGUUUGAUAAUAAAUUGAAUUUGCGAAGAAAAGUUUAGCCUGAGCUGGUUCUAAUUUCUACGCCGCGACACAAUAAUUUCUUAGGCAGCGAGAAAGUCUGAUUCCUUGAGUAAAGCAAGCCAGCACGAGGGUUUGCAAGGGAUUUGGUAUUAACUAUAUGAUAAUUAGUGCCAGUCCUCCGGCAGACCUCUCUCCGACUCGUCAUAAAUCUCCUCACGCGCCGCGGGCGAAGAAACGCUCGUCCGGCAGCGCAAAUAAUAAAGGCAUGCUGGCAAAUUAGGGAAAGUUACAUGUUAGUCAUUCAUUUUUUACAGGUCCUUCCAAUGGUAGAAGAACGAUAUUGAUUGAAAUUACUGGGACCUUUGAACUUGAUGAUGGCAACGAGGUUUGUUUGUGUUCAUGUAAACAUUUUCCUGUUCUCCCUACCAGAGUCUUAUCUCAGAAUUCGCUGAACUUAUUCUUUGACUUUCUCAGGUGAUGUUGGGUAUUGACUGCUUUGGAAAAACUAUAUAUUUCAUGUGGCCGGAGAGUGAGGGAAAAGAAUUUAAGACAUCCCCCGAGGUAACCAUCAAUUUUACAGAUCCGCAUUCUCUCUUAAAACAGUUAUCUCUUUCGACAUUUUCGAUCGAAGGUGAAAUCGACGACAGUUCUUCAUGGUUUAUAAAGCAUUAUUUAAAAUGGUGCAUCAGCAGGUUUUUCUGGUGGCAUUUCUAUGUUAUUCGGUAUAAUAAAAGAGAAAAACCAUGUGAAUGACGAACAAAUAUCAAAAGUUUUAUGAAAUUGGUAUCUGAUGGUUGUUGAUUUAUUUUAUACUGCGCUGUAGGAACUGAAGAAGUGCGUUGACGCUAGCAGCCACAUUGCUGCUGAAACUGUUGAAAUUACAGGCGAAGUGGGUGCAUCGGCAGAAAAGGCGAACAAUGAUUUUACCGAAGAGGAGCAAAGAAUUUUCAGCGAUUUGAAAGAUCUCCAAGGAAAGCUAAUGGACAUUGUGAAGAGUUUGGAGAUAUCCGAACUAAAGGAAGAUAAUUUUGCUAGGACCAACAAGCUAGAUUUCAUCGAGAAACAUAGCCGAACUUUACAGGAGCUGUACACUAAAGUAACCGGAAUGACAAGGGAGGCUUGUUAUUGUAACCAUAUUCUUAGAAGAACUUUCUACGACUUUACCUACCACAGCCUGAGAUCAGUGCAUAAUGAUCUUAGCGCUCGUCUGCAGGACCUAGAGGCGGAAGAAGAUGACAUGUCAAAGGAGGAGAAAAGAAAUCUGAAAAACCUAAUAUCGUACCAAAACGGCAGGAAAAAUCAAAUUAUGCAGCUGGAGAAACUUUGGAUACGGCUUUUCUCUCCGGUAUGUUAUCAAGGAAAAAAUUAUCUACGUCACUCUGUAAGAAUUUUUUAAAUGCUUAGAUAUUCAUUUUUAAUUUAGUAUGGAUGGGUCAUUGAUAAGUUUGGGCUUUCGAAAACUAGAAGUCAAAGUACUGAAAAUUAGUAGACCAAAGAAAACUUUACUCGAUGACUUACAAUUAAUACGAGAGGAUAUUUUGCUCAUUGCUCGCAUUUUUAUAGUGAAAAUGUCCAUCCGUUUCAUAUGAUAAACUAUCGAAUAGGGUAUUUUGGGUAAUGCACUGUAUUUUCGUCGUUGUAAACUAUUUACGAGCUUUAGAAACAUCGAGUAUGUGUGGGUGCUCGCAUUUUUCCUCGGCCUUACGGGGCAAAAUGUUGGCCCGUUCUAUACAUUUGAAACCAUGGAAUAAGUUAUUUAGGUAAUGCAUUGUAUUUUCGUCGUUAUGAACUGUUUACGAACGUUAGAAACAUCGCUUACAUAGACGAAAAGUGUUAUGCUAGAUUUAGCAAUGCACUAUGCUAUCGCCUGAUGAUGUUUUUUUCAUCCCUAUUUUGUUCUUUUCAAUUUACAGGGAGAUCAGUUGAAGAAGUCUGAAACAUCUCCUUCUCAGAGACAAACUCCGAUACCAUUUCAGGUGUUUAAAAUGUUUCCUGUUUUUAUGCAUACUUUUAUUUUCGAUAGUAUUCUCGACACUCUAAAGAUUGUGAUUCCUUCCUUUGCAGUUUUUUCUCAAUGGCAGAUUGCACGAGCGUCUGCUCGAGUUUCAAUUCGUUUUGACUGAUCUAUUUUUAGGAAAAAAAGUUCCUCUGACUGAUAAAAGUGGAUCUGUUGUUGACUGGCUUCAAUUUCCUUUUGAACAGAGCGAAAAAGGGAGGGAAUCACUGUAUAACAAGAUGAAUCUACGAACCGUUCCCUGCCCUCUGCGAGGUUAUUUGGAAAUGACUGUGUUGUAAUGUGUAUUCAAUUUUCUCUUUUGAACAGAAACCCAGAUCAAGUACAGAAGGGGCCCGGCCAAAAGAGUUUAUAACAAAGGUAGGAGAUUUUUUUUAUCCAUGUAUAGAAUCAAAGCACCCCUUAACAAAGCCGUUAGACAACUUGAGUUACACCUGUGCAACAAAUGUUGUGAUUACUGAUUUUAUCUUUUAACAAACAUUAACUUCCCCUAACCAUAAUUCAAAAGUAAACGAGAGUAGGAUAUGAGUUUAUCGUGAUGGGUCGACUCAACAUUCACCAACCAGAGCGUGAUAAUUAAUGAUAAUGAUUCAUGUAUAGAAAUGACCCACGCACGUGAGCUGCAAUUGAAGCCUUUGCAGAAAAGAAGUCGGCCAAAAAUUUCGGGCUUCGAUGGGAAUCGAACCCAGGCCUCCCAGAUACUAGGUGGGCGCUACUACCAGCUAAGCUAUAAAGCCAUAUUUUGGGAGCAAGCAAAUUUUGGUGCAUUCCUCCUUCCCACAGAGGAAUCUGAUCACUACUUAGAUAAAAUGAAGUAAUGUAAAUUGAAAAAGAGGUUAUCUAAACUCUAAACUCUCUUAAACCCUUCUACGAGGAUCAUUUCUUCACUCAAAUUUCAGCCCCAGCUCAAAGACGAAUUUAUUUAAUUAAGACCAUGAAUAACAAUAAUGAAAAUGAGUAAUGAUUUGGAAAGCAAAAUUUUCCUGUGUCAAACGAAAGAUACUCGCAUUGCAUUAAGGGAAUUAUCAACAGAAGCAUAUUUCUUUGAGCCUACAAAAUUAAAAGAUGUUCGAGGAUCCAUAAAAAUGCUCCUAUCAAAAUCCUUUUAUGUUAUGAUAACUGGACUUUCGUGCCGCGUUGUAAGAAAGUACAAGUGUAACUGUCUUUUUCUUGAAUAGGUGCAGUCAAGGAUCCCCUGGAAAAAGAAGAAGAUACAAGACAAAGAAUCUUGUGUUCUUAUGUCUUAUCAAGAUAAGAAAUCUGAGGACGAGAAAUAAUUAAUUGGCUGUUGUCGUUAAUCUGAGAUAGGUUUAUUAUCUUGCUUGAAGAGAACACUCCGGAAAUAGAUUUUCACUUGAUAGACUAGUUAUCUUGUGAUUAGUUCUACUUCCCUUGUUAGCUGGUGGUGCUCAGUAAGUGGCAUGGCCAGAAGUUAAGACCAAAGGGUUGAGGUAUUGAUGUGCCACUAAACAAGAUGUUUUACACGAUGGGUAGUUAAGAUAAACCACAACGCCUCAGCUUUGCUUUGUAAACAGUCAACUGAACUGGUUCACCAUCCUGCCCCCCCCCUCACCCCUCCACCCUUCUCCCC